AUGAAAUUUAUUAAUGUUUUAUUCUUUUUAAUUUUCAAUUCGAUAUUAUGGAGUUUAAUUAAUUCUGUUAAAAAUAAUAAAAAUCAAAACGAAUUGAAUAGAGUUGAGGAAACCUCAACAGAUUUAAAUGAAAUAUUAAAUAAUGGGGUUGAAUCAUCGGUUGCUCCUCAGAAUCAAAAUUAUAAAGACAUAUUAAAACCAAAAAUUACUAAAAUGUACACGAAUGACAAUAAGUUGGCAGAAAAAAAGAUAAAGAAAAAAGAAGAUAACCAAAAUUAUGGACAAAAUAAUAAAGAAAAACUAAAAGAAAGGAGAAAUUCUACCAAUUAUAAACCACGUAAAAAAGAAUAUGAUCGGAACUACUACUAUAAGAAUAAAGAAAAGAAACUAGAAUAUAGCAGAUUAUACCACCAAAAUAAUAAAGAAAAGAAGAGAGAAUAUAUUCGAAAAUAUCGAGAAAAAAAGAAAAAUGAGAAGGAAGAUUUAAAAAAUGAAAUUUCAAAAUUAAGAAAUAUUCAAUCGGAAAUUAAUGAAGGAACUUCUUUUGUUCUUCCACAGAAUAAUGAUUCGCCAAAAGCCUUAGAUAAUUUAGCUAAAAUAUUAAAUGAUGGGGCUGAAUCAAUUGCUGCUCAUAGUCAAAAAUAUAAAGAAAAGUUAAAGACAAAUAUUAAAAUUGAAACUACAGAUGAUCAACCAGAAAAAAAGUUAAGAAAAAAAAAAUAUUAUAAAACUUACUAUCAAAAAAAUAAGGAAAAGAUAUGUGAAGAUAGACGAAAUUACAACCGUCGUAUGAAAGAAAAUUUAGAAAAUUUACGGAAAAAUAAACAAGAAAUUCUGCAAAAUAUUAAUUCAGAAUUAAUAAAUAUUCAAUCUAAUGAAGGAAAUUUAUUACCUAAAAAUACUGAGUGUGAAAAUAACGAAAUGGAACCGAUUGUUUCUAAAGAGAAUAUCCAUUUAGAAAAAGGAGAAGAUAAUCCUAUUCAACCUUCACAUAAUGUGGAAGGAAAUGAUAAUGUUGAAGGAACUUUAUUUGUUAAUCCACAGACUGAUGAUUGUGUAAAUAAUCUAUCUGAGCAACCAAAUAGUCAAUCAGCUGCUGACCUUCAUACUCAACAAAUGAAUGAUCAUGAUGAUUUAGUUGAUCUGAGUUUAUUGGAUGAUUCGGAUUUUUUGGACUAUUUAAAUUCUAUUCUUAAUUCCUGAACACAUUUCAGAUAAACAAGUGGAUGAAUUUUAAAAAGAAAACACAAAAAAUAUAUCUUUCCUUUCUCUGGAUUUAUUUUUUCUGGGCUACAAAUUGAUGUCCAAAUAUUUUUUCAUAUUUAUUUUUCUUAAUUUAAUUUUCCUUAAUUUUCUAAUUAAAAU